AUGGCCACGACCACGACCCUCGUUAUCAAUCAACAUUCAUCGCUGACUCAAAUCUUCAAACAUCUAACACAAGCAUUGGUGUCGCACCUCCGGAACACCUUGGGAAUAUUGUAGGACCUUCAACAUGCCUCCUCGGAAACCCAGGGAUUCUGGGGCCACCCCAAGCUCCAGAACUUCCCACAAACGACACUUGUCCGACACACCUAUUUCCGCAACGCCUGGCAGCAGAACCUCAAAAAGGCUCAAGGAGUCGGCAUCCAAGACAAAGUCGACGCCGACCAAGAGUAAAUACUUCGAGGAGACUGAUGGCGAUUCUGACCAUGCUGGAGCACUGUCCCCCGAGGAAGCCGAGGACUCUGGUUAUGAGGACCACGACACAUCGGCCGCAGAGGACGCCAGUGAAAGCGAACCUGAAUCUGAGGAUGCUUCAGACUCGGAGGAGGAUCAACGAAAGCAACGGACAAAGCGAAAGACUAACAAGAGGCCCAGCGCUGGUGUCGGGUCGUCUGUUUCGCCGGCUCUCAAAAAGGACACUGAGCUCUGGAGGCCUGGAGUGUCGACCGGCCUCGGGCCAGGGAAGCAAGUGUUUAUCGAAAAGCCGAAACCCAGAGGAGACGGGGGCAUCAAAUAUGUGCCUGAGAGAAUUCACCCCAACACAAUGGCAUUCUUGAAAGAUCUCAAGAACAACAAUGACCGAGAAUGGCUCAAGAUGCAUGACCCCGAUUACCGGCAAUCAUGGAAAGAUUGGGAAAGCUUUGUAGAAACUUUGACGGAAAGGAUUGCAGAAAUUGACGAGACAAUCCCUGAACUGCCCCCUAAGGACAUUGUCUUCAGAAUAUAUCGAGAUAUUAGAUUCUCAUCUGAUCCCACCCCUUACAAGCCACACUUUUCGGCAGCAUGGUCUCGAACAGGACGAAAGGGGCCCUAUGCAUGCUACUACGUACAGAUCCAGCCUGGAGGGAGAAGCAUCGUCGGAUCUGGACUCUGGCAUCCAGAAGCACAGCCUUUGGCUCUCCUGAGGACUGACAUAAAUAAUAAGCCUCACAAACUCAAGCGGAUUCUGAUGGACCCUCAAAUGCGAAAGCAAAUAUUGGCGGGGGCGCCGAAUGACGAGAAAAAGGUGUUGAAAGCUUUUGCGUCUCAGAAUUCGGAAAAUGCUUUGAAAACGAAGCCAAAGGGAUACGAGGCAGACCAUCCUAACAUAGAAUUGCUUCGCUUGCGUAAUUUCACGCUCGGCAAGUCAAUACCAGACGAAAAGAUCACUGGGGAACAAGGGUUGCAAACAAUCCUCGACUUGAUUGGAGUGCUGGAACCAUUUGUCACAUAUCUCAAUAGUGUUGUCAUGCCCGACAGCCAUGAUACAGGCAGCGAUGGUACAGAUGAGUGACAGGGCGAUAUAUCGACUCGAUGAUGUAGCAUUACUGCGAGGCUCACCUUGACCCCAAAAAGAGAUGGGUGUCCGUUUGGGGAAUAUGUACUGUAGGUGAGGAGGGUGUAUCCUUGAGCACAGGCAGGCUCGUGCUGAAGUACUAUAUUGGCAGUCCUCCGGUGCAGGGCGCACGUUCCAGCUCCACACCUCCUUGUACUUGUACUGUUUGUACAUGGCUGGUGGAGCAAGAGAAAUAUGUUGUACGCACGAUGCUGGAUUCAGGAGGUUGCUCCGUGCUUUAGCACUGUCGUCAAUGAUGUCAAUUGUGAAGAAUGUCUGCAUUGGAGUGUUGUUGCAACGCCAAGGUACCUAGAAGUGAGAAUCUCUGUUAGCGAUUGACAGCGUGAUGGUAAAUCUGGUCUACUGUACUGCUAGUGAAAGUGACAUCUAUCAAUGGCCACACCGAUGCGGUUCUUGUCGGGCGUCAACAAGGAAUGCACAUGCGGAACGCAACCAAUGAUUGUCAGUAGCGCACUUUGCACAAUAUACGAGUAAGAGUAGCACAGCUCGUGUCAUAUCAGCAGAAAAUGUACCGAGUCAGCAGCUCCAAAGGACAAAAUUCACCACACCAAUAACAG